CGAACAAACAUCUAUAAUCGUGCAAAUAAUCCAAUCCAAUAGUGUUACCUUCCUUAAACAUCUGUUCUGAACUGUUAUCAACAAUCAACAUUAUUUAAUAGGCACGGCAGUGAAGUAUUACAAUGGGAGAUGUAAAGUUGAUUUUCUCUUUUGGUUUGAUUCUUAAUGCCAUUGGCGUUGAAAGUGUAAAUGAAUGCAAAUAUAAGAACUUCCGAGGAAACUGUGGAAAUGAGCAUACUUUCUUAGUUUGCUAUAAUACACAAUGGCAUAAAGCUAAUGGUUACAGUUUCAGCGACAACCAAUAUCGGGCAUUCAAAGACAUUUGCACGUGUGAUGACCGCUUGGUGAAUCCUAUCGAAGAAUGUCUGAAUCCGUAUCUUUAUAACAAGAUAAAUCUCAGCUCACUGGAGAUGUUCGAUGACAUGUGCCCGUGUGACUGUGAAUACGCAAAGAAAAUAGAGUUUUGGAACAAUAAAACUAACCAGCUUCGACAGUACCUAGAACUAAAUCAGAAGUUGACCCAAAUAAACCGUCAUCUAAGCAUGGAUUUUAAGAAUCUGUCAUCGGCCUCUAACAAAAGGAUCAGUGCUAAUGACGAGCGACCAUCUGCCGCUGCUGUGGGCUAUAUUGGUGCUACCGUCUUGGCUUUGGUUAUUGGUGGAAUAGUUAUGUUAGACUUUCCAACCAUAACUCGCCAGAUCCGCCUACUUUGGAGAGCCACCUGUAGAUAAAGUACACUAGAGUCCGACUAGAAGAGCUACACUCCAUUGUAUAUCAACUUGCCAUGGUCUAUAACCUGUUUUAACCUUUUAACAUUGUUAUCUAUGUGAGAAAACAUGAACUUUCAAAUCCCCGAUCAGUAACGGUAACAAAACGUUUGUCUUCAUUACUUUUCAGAGUUUUGCAAUGUCAACAUGUUCAAUAUGCCAGUGGUUAAUUUAUAUGAAUUACUAUUAUUGUUAAUAAUGUAUUAAACGAGUAUGAAUUAUU